UGCGUGCCUGAUGACCUCAGCCCGUCGGCCCAACGUAAACAACCGUAUUCCUGAGGCUGGCGACUAUUGAGUUUGUAAUCGCCAACAUAAAGAAAUGGCAAAGAAAAUUGAGAACUCGUGGAAUCUGUGGCUUUGAUGACAUUAAACGAGCUAUUUUUCAUGGUCCAUCUCUGAAUCCUGACUUUUCUCCACCAUGUCGUCGCGUGUGUUGCUGCGGCAGCAGCUGAUGCGAGAGCAAGCCCAGGAGCAGGAGCGACGCGAGGCCCAGCAGCAGGCCUCUGCCGCCCAGCUCCGAGCCUCCGACUCAACUCCAGCCAUCUCCGUCACUCUGCUCCCAAAUGCUGCCCGGCCGCCUCCAGCACAGGUGCCAGUGGAGGUGCUGAAAGUGCAGACCCACUUGGAGAACCCCACCAAGUACCACAUCCAGCAGGCACAGAGGCAACAAGUGAAGCAGUAUCUCUCCACCACCUUGGGGAACAAGGCGGUUUCUCAAACCCUCGGUGUGUCCCCUGUCCCACAGUCCAGUUCUGCCCCUGAAGUCGCACCUACUGCCAGCAGUGCCCCCAAUAGUCCCAUGGCCCUACUUAACAUUGGAUCCAACAAGGAGGAAAUUGACGAUGUGAUCGAUGACAUCAUUAGCCUUGAAUCCAGUUUUAAUGACGACAUCAUUACGUUGAUUGACUCAGGUCUUCAGCUGCCUAGCACGCUCCCAGGAAAUUUGCUGGACGUCUACCAUAGCCCUGGAAUGGCAGCACCUACUCUUACUGUCAGCAACUCCUGCCCAGCUGAUCUUCCAAAAAUUAAAAGGGAAAUUACUGAUGCAGAUGCCAAAGCACUAUUGAAAGAAAGGCAGAAGAAAGACAACCAUAACCUCAUUGAGAGGAGACGAAGAUUCAACAUCAAUGACCGUAUAAAGGAGCUGGGUACUCUGAUACCCAAGUCAAAUGACCCAUUUCACAAUAAUGACAGAGAAAUGCGCUGGAAUAAAGGCACCAUUCUGAAGGCGUCUGUCGACUACAUCAGGAAGCUGCAGAAGGAGCAGCAGAGAUCCAAAGACGUUGAAAUGCGACAGAGAAAACUGGAGCAAACAAAUCACGUUCUGAUGUUACGCAUCCAGGAACUGGAGAUGCAGGCACGGCUCCACGGCCUCUCAGCCUCCACCAACAUUUCAUCUGGUCUGAGCUCUGAUCCCCCCCUGCUGCAGCAGCAGGGAGCUCCGCAAGGCAGCCAGUCCUUGCCUCCAAACACCACAGGAGCCUCCACCCAGAACCUCCUCAGUCUGGGAGCCGUCGGACAGCCUUUGCCUGCUUCCUUCUUGUCCCCGCCCUCCUCAGACUCUCCGGCAGGAGUCACCAUCAGCAGCCCGCUGGAUCUCGGCAGCCUGAGCUUUGCUGAGCUGGACGACACCUCGGCUUCGGCGCUCUACCCCGACGUGGGACUAGGAGACAUUCUCAUGGACGACGGGUGUACCCUGUCUCCAGAGAGGGUGGCCGAGCCGCUGUUUUCUCCUUUGUCACCAGGUGCCUCUAAAACCAGCAGCCGCAGGAGCAGCCUUGAUAUGGACGAGGAUUUGUGAUGAGCUGUGUGGUCAGAGAAUGUCAGGAAGUGCUGUCUGUCCUUCAUAACACAAGGCUAUUUAUAGGACUUUAGAUCUCAACUUUAAAAGUAAGAAGAGCUAUAAAAAACCAACUAAUACUAACUUAAACAUUAGGUCAGGAGUACGUUCUUGAAGUCUUUUUUGUUUUUUUUUGGCUUACAGGCCUGAUUACUAUUCCUGCUUGGGACAGUUCAAAUGAUUAUAUCGUGGUUUAUAGAUGCAAUCUUAUUAAAAUUGAAUAUUUUAUAAUAGAGGCAUGGACCUAGCAUUAAGAAAUUAUACAUUCUUCAAUAGAUUUUAAAUUCAUUUAUUCAGAGAUUUAAGAGGGAUAUAUAUAUAUGUUUUUUUUUUUUUUUUGUUUGUUUUUUUUGCUUGAAUUUAUUUAAUGCUUAUUAUUUGUAGAGCUGAGUUUCCUUUUUUAAAAAAGAAAAUUGGCAUAGACUCCUGAGAUGCUAGCAUAUGUUUUAUUUCUGCAACUGACUGGAAUCAGGGUUUGUUAAUAGCAGUCACACACUCAUCUGUGUUGCAUUGUCUCACCAGCAGCUACAGAAGGGAUCUUUGUAAAGUAAAAUGGCACAUGUGAAAUAUUUCCUGCAUAUUGUAUAUAAGAGUAUUUUAUUUUAGCAGUUUUGUUGCACCUUACUUUAUGGCAGUCUAUGCAUUUUCUGAGAGCUUUUUGUCUGUUUUUAUCACAGUGGACGGCUACCGGCCAGGUCGCAUGUCUUUGUAAUAAACUUGGAAGCAGUGGAAAUCACUCGCUGCUGCAGCUAGCGAGCCAAAGCAGGAUUUCUUCCAGAGUAGCUACGGAUUACAAAUCAGCAUCUUAUUUUUACAUAUAUGUACUCUACAAAUAGAAAUGCAAGACCGAAUAAGAAAUGAUUUUUUUUUCUUUUACCACAGUACUGUAGUUCAUUACAUCUUUUUUGAUACCUGAUAGUUUAAGUGGUUUUUCAUGAAUAAUAUCUGUGUUGUCGUUUGAUCACGGAGUGACUUUUUUGUUUUUAACCAGUUAGCAUGUUCUACUAAGAUUUUCUGGAUGAUCAAAUCAUUAUUUAAUAAUGAAUUAAUGCUCAAUGUAGUAUGAAUUUUUAGAGGCUUUGACUCUUUAAAAACCACUAGUCUCACCUUCUUAAUAAUGUAUGACUGAGUGAAACCUAGAUGCGGUUUUAUUGCAUAGCCACCAAAUUUAGAAUCGUAUUUAAUUUGUCAGAUGCUUCACACAACCUUAUGUACAGUUUUUUAAUGUGUUUGAUAAAAUUCCUGCUUAUUGUUUUGUUUUUAACACCGAUGUAGCUUUAUUCUCCAACAAGCAGCCAAAAACAUCUGUACCUGAUGGUUGUUUGAGUGAAAUUGACUGGUUGUGAUGCUUUUUAAGGUGUCCUCAGCCGUUCAUGCAAAUGUUUGAGCUAUGUUUGAGGUGAGAGCAGCUCCUUGGCGCAUUGUUGGAAACUGUGUUUCCAGUCCUAUACUCAAAGUACAUGGUCAGUUUUUUUUACACACACAACUGCUCUCCACCAUAUUAACGGCGUCCUGUCCUGACAUUGUGCUGACGUUGUUUACCGUAAACAUGUCUUGUCCCAACACGUUUGCUUUCAGAGGAUUUUAAUAAAUAAAUGAUAACUGUU